GAUCCCGCCAUUGAGCGAUGGGGUGCUAUGCGCACUGAUGUGUAUAAACACUUUCGCUUCACGCCGAAGACCACCAUACAAUCAAUCGUGGGAAUGAUUGUCAUUCCUGGGGCAUUGUUCUACCUUGCCUACGAUCAAGAUUGGAGUUGGGCCGGCAAGCUGAAGAGCGAAACGCUGUAUCGCGUCCCCCCACCAGCUCCAGAAUCCGAGGAGUGA